AUUGUAGACGGAUUAGCAAAGAAAAAUAUAGUGAAAAAUACAUUGAUUCUGCCUAAAAAAAAUCGUGUAAUUUGUUUAUUCUCAGCGCAAAUAAACAACAUUUACAAUUGUAUAGCUUUGAACAAUAAAAGAAUACUGACAUUUUGCAACGGAAGUAGAUUUUUUUACGAAAACCAUAAACUUUUUUAACUAUAGACAAAGAAACUGAAGCAGGCAAAAACUUGCAAGAGGACUAACCAUCAUCAUCAUCAUCAUCAGAAGGAGAAAAUACAAGAAUUCAGAGAAAAAAUCGCAAUAAGUACCAUAAAAGUGACAAAGUAAAAGUGAAAAGUGAUUUUGUUCAAAAGUCCAAGGCAAAGUAAAAAAAAAGAAAAACAUCGAAAAAAUUGACAAGGUGUUCAUCAUCGAACAGACAGACACACAAACAAGAAUCCAAUUGGGAAAAGUGUAGACGGAGCGAGCGACACCCACCUUUGAAUACAUUUUACGUAUCGCUGCGGAAGGACCUUGUUACUUUGUUCGAGUGCGUACGUGCAUGUGUAUUGUUGCCCUGUGCAAAAGACAUUCCUUUGGGUGUUGUUCUAUUGCCGGGUUCAGACUUUGCCAAUUUUGGACAAUUUCUUUUUUUUUCUUCGAAGAAAAGAAGAAGCCAAAGUUUUACAUUGGUGCGUGCGUGCGUGCGUGUGCGUGUGUGAUAGAUAGAAUCUAAGCCGAAUUUGCAAGGCUAUCGAAAGAAACAUGGCCAAUACCCUGGAGGAGCAACAAAGUCUGCGUGAAUGUGAGAAUUACAUUCAAUCCCAUGGCAUACAGCGUGUGCUUAAGGAUUGCAUUGUGCAAUUGUGUGUCAGCCGGCCCGACAAUCCCAUACAAUUUCUUCGACAGUAUUUUCAAAAACUAGAAAAGGAACAAGUAAAACUUGAUUCCACCAAACAGGUGACCAGUCCUGAUGAUUGUGAAGAUCUCAGUCCAAUGCCACAAACAGCUGCACCACCAGUACGACGACGUGGUGGCAUCUCUGCCGAACCAGUAAGUGAAGAAGAUGCCACCAGCUAUGUGAAAAAGGUGGUGCCCAAAGACUACAAAACAAUGGCCGCCCUGUCCAAGGCCAUUGCCAAAAAUGUUCUCUUCUCACAUUUGGAUGAAAACGAACGGUCCGAUAUAUUUGAUGCCAUGUUCCCUGUUGCCCAUUUAAUGGGUGAAAAUAUUAUACAACAAGGUGAUGAGGGUGAUAACUUUUAUGUGAUCGAUCAAGGAGAAGUUGAGGUUUUUGUCAAUUCGGAAAUGGUUACCACUAUCGGUGAUGGUGGCAGUUUCGGUGAACUGGCUCUUAUUUAUGGCACACCCAGAGCUGCCACAGUUCGUGCCAAAACCGAUGUCAAACUUUGGGGUAUCGAUCGUGAUUCAUAUCGUCGCAUUUUGAUGGGUUCCACUAUACGCAAACGCAAAAUGUAUGAAGAAUUCCUAUCGCGUGUUUCAAUUUUGGAGAGUUUGGAUAAAUGGGAACGUUUGACCGUAGCCGAUGCUUUGGAAACAGUCACAUUUGAAGAUGGUGAAACAAUUGUCAAACAGGGUGAGGCUGGUGAUGACUUCUAUAUAAUUGUCGAAGGCUGUGCUGUAGUUUUACAAAUACGUGCUGAGCAAGGAGAUGAACCUGCCGAAGUUGGUCGUUUGGGCCCAAGUGAUUACUUUGGUGAAAUUGCACUGCUGCUGGAUAGACCCCGUGCUGCUACCGUCGUUGCCAGAGGACCCUUGAAAUGUGUAAAACUAGACAGAGCGAGAUUUGAACGUGUUUUGGGCCCAUGUGCAGAUAUUUUGAAACGCAACAUUACCCAAUACAACAGCUUUGUUUCAUUGUCCGUUUAAAUGCAACACUAAAUCACACACUCACACAUACAAAACAGAUUUCAAAAACAAAAGAAAAAAAAAAUCAUGCAAAAAAAAAAACUCAAAACUAAUUUAUUUGAAAAUAAACCGGGAAAGAAAACCACCCAAAAAAAGAAGAAGAAAUUUUAAACCCCUCCCAAAAAUAAAUCAAACAAA